AGCCGGGCGCCCCGCACAGCCCGCGCCAGCGGCCGCCGCACCCAGCCGCGCCGGCGAGGACAUGGGCAGCCGCGGCGCGCCCGCCCCCCGCGCCGAUGUAAAUUAUUAAAAAGAAAAUGGCCCAACGGAACACUGCAUUUCCUUCUCUCAUCACUGAGGAAAGGUAUAAUAUAUGGAAAAUAUGCAUCUAAGGCGAGUUAGAACCAUGCCCCGACACAGCCAGUCCCUGACCAUGGCACCCUACUCAUCUGUAAGCCUCGUGGAACAACUGGAAGAUAGGAUCCUCUGUCACGAGAAGACAACCGCAGCCCUUGUGGAGCACGCCUUCCGGAUUAAGGACGACAUUGUUAGCAGUUUGCAGAAAAUGCAGAACAAAGGGGGCGGCGACCGCUUGGCCAGGCUCUUCCUGGAGGAGCACAUCAGAAACAUAACUGCCAUUGUGAAGCAGCUCAAUCGGGAUAUUGAGGUACUGCAGGAGCAGAUCCGGGCCCGGGACAACAUCAGCUACGGAACGAAUUCCGCCUUAAAGACCUUGGAGAUGCGUCAGCUCUCGGGUUUGGGAGACCUGCGGGGAAGAGUGGCAAGAUGUGACGCCAGCAUAGCCAGACUCUCUGCAGAGCACAAAACAACUUACGAGGGGCUCCAGCACUUGAACAAAGAACAGCAAGCUGCCAAACUUAUCUUGGAAACAAAAAUCAAAGAUGCAGAGGGACAGAUUUCUCAGCUUUUGAACAGAGUGGACUUGUCGAUAUCAGAGCAAAGCACCAAACUGAAGAUGUCCCACAGAGACAGUAACCACCAGCUUCAACUUCUGGAUACAAAAUUUAAAGGUACGAUUGAGGAACUCAGUAAUGAGAUUUUAUCUGCACGGAAUUGGUUGCAACAGGAACAAGAACGGAUAGAGAAAGAACUUUUACAGAAAAUUGAUCAGCUUUCCUUGGUCGUUAAGGAAAACAGUGGAGCCAGCGAAAGGGACAUGGAGAAGAAGCUCAGCCAGAUGUCAGCCAGACUUGACAAAAUAGAAGAAAGUCAGAAGAAGAAUAUGGAAGUGCAGAGAACAAAACAGGAAGAAGAGAAAGUGCAUGGGCGCAUCAAUAAGCUGGAGUUACAGAUGAAUGAGGACAUGAAGGAAAUGAAAGCAGAAGUUGAUGCUGGGUUUACGGCCAUCUAUGAAAGCAUAGGAUCCCUCAGGCAAGUUCUUGAAGCCAAGAUGAAGUUGGACAAGGACCAACUACAGAAGCAAAUACAGCAGAUGCAGAAGCCAGAGCCCCCCAUGUGAGGGGAGCUGGGACAAGGACCUCAGAAGUGGUUUUGCUGGUGGGGCGAGAGCCAGGUGCCGCCGUGGCCAGGCGGUCACUGCCUUCAGAAGUGUUCUAUUCAUGGCGUGCAUGUGCCAAGCAAUGUGUUUUCAUGGGUCUAAAUGUUUACCUUAAGUCUCGAAAACACUUCCUUUAAAAGUAUUAAGUACAAUUUUUGCCACUCUAUUUCAUUUCUCUAAAUUCAAUGGAAUAGCCUCCCAGCCCCUAGAUUUGGAAAGGCUUUUGUCCCUCUUCAUUUUAUGAAUGAAAAGACUUAACGACUUUCCUUCAAUGCUUGACGCUCUAGCCAAGACUUUACUAUUUUGAAAAAUGUCAUGGUGAUUUUUUUUUUAGUUAAGAAACUAAUGAAUUGUCACAGGAAUGUGUUAGCUCCUCACCCUAAAUUAAGAGAAUGUCCUGGUAGAUUAGAAUUCAACCCUUUAGUCCAUAUUUGGAUUUUAUUAAUGUUAUCUGUGCAUUUCUUACAUGGUUUCCUUCUUGUAAAUCUUCUGUCUUUUGUAGGGAGAAGGGAUUUAAUUUUUGGAGAACCACCCCCCCCACACCACCAUUUAUGUAAUGAAGAUAGCUUAAAGAUUGAUAACUGCCAUAUACAUUGCAAAUUAAAAUGGAAACUUAAGACAAUUAUCUAGCUAAUACAAGGCACAAUAUCCACAUCAACCACCUACUUAUACCAGGUUUUAAUAUUGGAAACUUUUUUCAAUUGCCUACAGCCUGUAUAGUGAUAGCCAUAUAUUUAGUAAUGGAAUGGUGGUUAAUAGUCUGUUUAUUGCACAAUUAAUUGUAAAUCAUAAUAGGAUGUGAGAAUUUUUCAGGCUUUAUGAUCUCCUCUAAAUGUUUCCAAAAUUGGCACAAAGUGCUAACUAAGGUUUAUAUAUACUUCUUGUAACUGUAUCCUGUGCCUUGGUUUUACCACGUCAAUGCACUGUAUCCUCUAAAAGUUUUACGGACAAAAUAGAAGGCAUGAUAAUACAUCAGAAUUAUGAUGUAAAAAUGGGAUCCUAUGUAAUUUUUAAAUGUUCUAAAAAUUUUAUCACUGUUAAGACAUUAGUUGUUCAGUAUUAUUAAUGAAAUAGAAAUUCAUACUUUUGUAUGGACAGAGAAUCAAAUUGAUAUUGCAUUUAUAACACUGUCAAGAAACUUUCAUUUGAGCAGCUUUGUAGAUGAUGGGUGUUUUCUUUUCAAUCGCCAUCUUUGAUUAGUCAUUGAAAAUUGGCGCCAGUGAAAUUGUUCACCUGUGUUCGUACAAACCAAUGGUGAGACACACACUGUUCUAAACUGUGAGGGUGCCCAGGAAAAAGAAAACAAUUCUUUAAAGAAUUUUUUAAAAAAUUGUUUUUGUUUGCCAAGGACUCAGGAAAAUUAAAGUAUUUUCUAUUUUUAGGAUAAAUCAUAAAUGAAACAUGUAACUGGCUAUUACUGUUUACCCAUAUAAAAUAUGCUGCUAAAGUAAUAGUAUUUUACAACUUCAGUGGCUGGACAAAAAUUCUUUUAAAAUUUGGACCUGAGAAAUCCUAUAAGGAAUAUGUCAUCCAACACGUAGUUCCUUAACUUUGUCACAAUUCCUUGCAUCUUUAUAUAGGAAGAUGAUUUCUACUUAACAGUGAAAAAACAAAGGGGAAUGCUCUUUUGCAAUCAGAAAGUGAAUUUCUUUUUGUGACAGAGUAAGCACAUCUGGUACCGUUUUCCCUGUUGAAGCAAAAGCCACAGCGCCGAGCAUUACACCCCUUCCCUCUUCCAUGGUCCCGGGAGGAGGAAGGGUCCGCACGUGGGCCGCCUGGGGAGAGGGGGCCAGGGGGCCAGCUGGCCUCAGGUGGAGGGCUGACGUAUACAGGUGACGGCUGGCUGUCCGCUGAGAUUGCCCAGGUGCUCCCGAUGCUGCUCACCUCCUGUCAGGAGCUCUGGCAGGGGUUCUCCAGCCUGGCAACGUGCUGGAAUGCCCCGGGGAGCUCGCAGAGCUACUGAUGCCCGGGCUGCCCCUCGGCCAGCAGAGCCGCAACCUCUGGGAGGUGGGACCCAGGCAUCCAUAGGCAUCCAAGGCCCUCCGGGGAUUCGGAGGCCACUGAGGCUGGAAGGCACUGAGCCCCAGUGGACUCUUAGGACCAAAGCCUAAAUGACGAUCAGCUUCCGUGUUCUUUCCUUCACCAGAAAUUUGCAAUAAAAAAAGUAAAAUUUCCAAAUCCACGCGGUGUACGAUUUUUAAAUUUGAAAGUAUUUGAGUGUGAGGCAACCUGCUGGGAACUGGAAAGUCACUGGGAGCUGCUCCGUCUGGGGUCUCCGAGGCUGCGGUGCCUUCUCACCUCUGGGCUCCUGCCAGCUGGCAGUUGCUGGUGUGCUGUGCACCUGUGCUGCGAUGUGUGUUCACUCGUUUCAUUGUAGCAGGAAGUACUGUUCACUCGCCUGUUUUGCAGAUGAGAAAAGUGGGUCACCUAAAGGUUGGGCAACUUGCCCCAAAUCCUGCAGCUAAUACGUGGCAUUCAGGAUUCACACCAGGCAGCCUACUUCCACAGUCCGGGCAUCUAACCGGUAUGCCACUAUCCUACCUCUAAAGAUACAUCCUUACUUCCGGCAUAACUCACUCACUAGGCCACCACCUGCAGCCCCAUCUCUAUGGGACUUUCCACCAUCAGAGCCCCUUUGCUCUUUAAUGUCCCAGUUCCAAACACCUAUGAGAGGCAUCUCAGUAGCUUCCCUUGGGUCAGAAGACCUCUGGUUUAUUGUUGGGGCCAGUUGGUGCCAUAGGACUGAGUGGUCCCAGGCAUUUCAAGCCCUGUGCUUGGGCUGUCCUACGCAACAGACUGCGGUUCUGUGUCCCGGGAGAUGAGUUAUGCUGGGUGACUGCAGAGCAGAACAGAAGAACAAUUCCUUUUAAACUAUGCUUAUCCCACCUGGCUCUCAGCCUGAAAAAACCCACAAACCACUCACAACAUCCUGGAAACUCAGUGGGAACUAGAUGGGGUUCUGUCACUGUCCUCCUCUAGCUGUGUGACCUCAGGCUGUUCUCUUAACCUUUCUGAAUCUCAGUUUUCUCAUCUGCAGAAUGGAAAUUAGAAUUGUUUAAAAGAGGCAGCUAGGUUAUAAUUUUUGAAACGUUGAAGUAGUUAAUACGGUAUUGGGUAUUAAGUGGUCAAAUAUGGAAUAUGGGAGAGGAGGUAUUGGUGGUGUAACAUAGCAAGUAUAUGGGUGGGGAGCGUGGUCCAUGUUUUUGCUCAAAGCAUCCCAUUACCUGCUGGGAUCAUUUAUGAUAUCCCAUAAAUGAAAGUGCUAUCCCAGCCUGAGAUACAGAAGAGCAGUAGAGCCUGGAUGGAGAGAUAAGUGGACAGGACCAGAAUGGAGACAUUCCCUGAAUGUGGGGAAGCUCUGGGCAGAUCCUCAGGCUACUCAGGCCCAUCCCUGGAGCAAGCAUGGCUUCCACAGGACUAAGCCUGGGAGAAGGAGUAUCCACUGAGGGGCCAGUUUUGAGAGGGCUGUGAUGGGUGGGAUCAGACCCAGAAGGAGGAAGCAAUGAAUAAGCAAACUUAUAUAUGUACUAUGGAAUACUAUGCAGCCAUAACAAGGGAAGAAAUUCCAACACAUGCUAAAGCAUGGAUGAAUCUUGAGGACGUUUUAUUCAGUGAAAUAAGUCACAAAAAGACAAAUGUUGUAUGAUUCCACUUGUAUGAGGUAUAUAGAAGAGUCAAAUUCAUAGAAACAGAGUAGCAUGAUAGUUGCCAAGAGCUUGGGGGUCCGGUGGGGGUGGGGAGCUAGUACUGAAUGGGUACAGAGUUUCAGCUAGAGAAAAGGUAAAAGUUUUGAUGGUGGUGGUGGUUGCAAACAAUGUGAGUGUACUUAAUGCACUUAAUGUACUUAAU